CGUGGUGCUGGCUGCCGCUGUUGAGGCGGCCGGGAACGGGCGGUGGGGAGCAGGCGGAGCUGGCCCUGCCUCUGCCUGGCCGGCGCCGCAGUCGGCGCGGGCCGCGCCCGCCGCCGUCAACUACCCUGAGCGCCUGCUGAGGCCGAGGGAGACGUCGGGGCCUGCACCUGGAGCAAGCCUGCCGCGCUGGCCCCGAGGAGGGGGCGUUGCCAUGGCGACAGCCUCUCCCGCAGCUGACGGGGGGCGGGGGCGGCCCUGGGAAGGAGGGCUGGUCUCCUGGCCCCCUGCCCCUCCCCUUACGCUCCCCUGGACUUGGAUGGGUCCGAGUUGGGGGCAACACCCUGGGCAUUGGGGCUUUCCAGCUCUCACAGAACCUUCAGCAUCCCCAGCUGCCAGUCUUGGCAUCUUCGAAGUAAGGAGAGUUUUAGAUGCUUCUGGAUGUUCAAUGCUAGCACCUUUACAGACUGGAGCAGCUCGAUUUUCUUCGUAUUUACUUUCAAGAGCGAGAAAAGUGCUGGGCUCCCAAUUAUUUUCUCCUUGUGGUGUUCCGGAGUUCUGCUCCAUAUCCACCAGAAAGCUGGCGGCCCACGGCUUUGGCGCAUCCAUGGCGGCAAUGGUGUCCUUUCCUCCCCAGAGGUAUCACUACUUUUUAGUGCUGGACUUUGAGGCCACGUGUGACAAGCCACAGAUUCAUCCUCAGGAAAUCAUCGAGUUCCCCAUCCUGAAACUAAAUGGCCGGACCAUGGAGAUUGAGUCCACCUUUCACAUGUAUGUCCAGCCUGUAGUUCAUCCACAGCUUACCCCCUUCUGUACAGAGCUCACCGGGAUUAUUCAAGCCAUGGUGGAUGGUCAGCCAAGCCUGGAGCAAGUGCUGGAGAGGGUCCAUGAGUGGAUGGCGAAGGAAGGCCUUUUAGAUCCAAACGUCAAGUCAAUUUUUGUCACCUGUGGAGACUGGGACUUAAAAGUCAUGCUUCCAGGCCAGUGCCAGUACUUGGGUUUGCCAGUGGCGGAUUACUUCAAGCAGUGGAUUAAUCUGAAAAAGGCUUACAGCUUCGCCAUGGGCUGCUGGCCCAAGAAUGGACUUCUAGACAUGAACAAGGGUCUCAGCCUGCAACACAUAGGCCGGCCCCACAGCGGCAUUGGUCAGUCCCUCCGCAAAUCCCCCUGGCAGCUCGAUGACUGCAAGAACAUCGCCAAUAUCAUGAAGACACUCGCAUAUCGAGGCUUCAUCUUCAAGCAGACGUCGAAGCCGUUCUGAUUGGCCGAGGACGGGAUGGGGCAGGACAGGGUAGCUGCUUGGCCCAGCCCAGAAUCAUCCUCUCCCUCACCAGAGGGGAAAAGGGAGAGUGGCACAGUCCUGCGCCCAGAGUGUCCCCCAGCUGCCCUGUAGGCUUGUGCCCUGGGUAAGCGCUUGGCCUCUUGGCCUCUCUGGAGCAGACACUUUGUGCCCACCCCCACCCCCACCCCUCAGUCUCAGCCCAGUAUUAGCCCUUCCCAUUGUGGGCCUGGGCUGGGGGACCCAGGCACUCGCUGCCGCCUCCUCCCUGGCACACAGGCUACUGCUGGGGCCACCAAGCUUCCCUGUCCCCCUUCCCAUCCAUAGUGCAUGGUGUGUGGUGCCCCCAGGGCUCCAGGACAGAUCAGGCCCCACCUUGUGUCUACCCCCAUCCCCGCUGUGAACGUGCCACUGAAUAAAGUCGGGGAAACAAGG